AUGCUUUCUAAACUUACCGUUGCCUUUGCGGCUCUCCUUGGUGUUGUCGCUGCCGUCCCACCCGGAGGGAGUACCUUACCUUCAACCCUCAUCAUCUCAGUCGUCGACGCAUCUGGCGCCGUCCUCGGUACGCUCAACGGCUACGGGAACUUCUCAUCGCCUGGACCUAGCUAUCCAUACCGCGCGUAUCCCACCACGGAUGAGUAUGCACGUAUCACAGCCUACAAUCGCUGUUCUGCUUCGGAUGUUCUGGCAUGUGGAGGAGGCACCGAUGGGUCUUUCUACGUAAGCUGAAAUCAUAUUCUUAGCCCAUAGAGUAAGGAAAUGAAUGGAACUAAUGCGCGAGUAGCAACUCGGAGGAAAUGUCGUCUUGGAUGGGACAGAUGGGACGUGGUCGGUGGACGCGAGGACUGAUGCUGCGGGUGGUGUUGACGCUUUCGGAAGACCAUAUGGGAUUCCAGUCCAUGUCGGGUCGAGCGCCGGGGCGAUUCCUGUUACUUUGCGGGCUAGGGCUGCUAGUGGAUAA